AUGGUAGCACUCGAGUCCACUCCACCUCUAUCCCAACACUAUACCAAAGUUGCUCACGGUCGGUCGCACGACCGAAGUUCGCAAAGCGAGGUCGCAUGCCAUCAUGACCUGCCGGUCAUAGACCUGGCCGGUCUAAUGGACGGCGACGAGGGUGCGAGGGCCAAAUGCGCGUCGAAAAUCGCGGCGGCUUCUUCGGAAUGGGGUUUCUUUCAAGUAGUCAACCAUGGGAUCAACCCCAAACUCCUAAACCGGAUGAGGAGAGAGCAAAUCGAGCUCUUCAAUGCUCCUUUCUCAAGAAAGUCGAGUUGCGGGAUUCUCAACAACUCGUACCGGUGGGGCUCCCCCACGGCCAUCGCCCCCGACAACUUCUCGUGGUCGGAGGCGUUCCACAUCUCCCUCACCAAGAUCUCUGAUCAAUCUUGCUACGCCGAGUUCUCCUCUCUAAGGUAUAUAUAUAGGCUAGGGUUAGUCCAAAGUCGCAUUUCACCGAGGGGGUGUUUACUCUGCAUGAUGGAUAAGAUGAAUAAUUGA